CGCCUCUCAUGAUGUCCUCCAAGGUAAUCCGCCGAAAGAAGAAUGUCAAGAAGGGCAUUCAGUUCUGCCUGAUGGUGUGUGGCGCCUCUGGCACUGGCCGAACCACCUUUGUCAACACGCUCUGCGGCAAGUCUGUUCUCGAGCAUAAGGAAGCCGACGAUGCUUCCAACGCGCACAUUGAGGAGGGCGUCAAGAUCAAGCCCCUUACGGUUGAGCUUGAACUUGACGAGGAAGGCACCCGAAUCUCGCUGACCAUUGUCGAUACCCCUGGAUUUGGCGACCAGAUCGACAACGAGGCCAGCUUUUCAGAAAUCGUUGGCUACCUCGAGCGACAAUACGAUGAUAUUCUGGCCGAAGAGUCUCGUAUCAAGCGUAACCCUCGCUUCAGGGACAACCGUGUCCACGCCAUGCUUUACUUCAUCACCCCUACCGGCCACGGGCUCCGAGAGCUCGAUAUCGAAUUGAUGAAGCGUCUUGCGCCCCGUGUCAACGUUAUUCCCGUUAUUGGCCGAGCCGAUACUCUGACCCCCCAGGAGCUUGCAGAGUCGAAGAAGCUGGUCAUGGAGGACAUUGAGCACUACAGAAUCCCCGUUUACAACUUCCCCUACGACAUUGAGGAAGACGACGAAGAUACCGUUGAGGAGAAUGCCGAGUUGAGAGGCCUCAUGCCUUUUGCCAUUGUUGGCUCAGAAGACGUGGUCGAGAUUGGUGGCCGCAAGGUCCGUGCCCGCCAGUACCCAUGGGGUGUCGUUGAAGUCGAGAACCCUCGUCAUUCAGACUUCCUGGCUAUUCGAUCAGCCCUUCUGCACAGCCACCUGGCUGAUUUGAAAGAAAUCACCCACGAUUUCUUGUAUGAGAACUACCGUACCGAGAAACUAUCUAAGAGUGUGGAUGGCGGUGCCUCUGGACUUGAUAGCUCCAUGAACCCUGAGGACUUGGCUUCCCAGUCUGUCCGUCUCAAGGAAGAGCAGCUUCGACGAGAGGAGGAGAAGCUGCGCGAGAUUGAGCUCAAGGUCCAGCGCGAGAUCAACGAGAAGCGACAAGAGCUGCUGGCGCGCGAAUCGCAGCUCCGCGAGAUAGAGGCCCGCAUGCAGCGCGAGACUGCCGCCGCCCAGGCGUCCCCCGCGCUGGAAACCAGUGUCACCGAGGAGUAGAUUCUCUCGAAUCACAUAUUAGGUCUUUCUUCGGCAUUAUAAAAGUAAAUUGCGACGUUGGUCUAUUUAUCGCUGCCGGCGUUGGGUUUUACCUCUCCUACACAAACUGAAGAGCAAAGAGAUGAGAGCACCCCUCUCCCAGCUGCUGCAGAAUCGAGUUUGAUUUUUACUUUUUUCCAUCUAUUUAUUUAUUGCGACCUACGACAACUCGAGAAGUGACCUUUGCGGUUGAGCUGGAGAAGAGGGGCUGAGGGAAGGGGAGUUGCACGGUGGAGUAUACGGAGAGGAUGAAUGCCGUUGGAACAAGACGACGUAUACCCCGACGAAGGAGGGUCUCUCAAAAUGGCAAAGGCGGAGAUAUGCGGCUACUCAGCAUAAUACUAUGCGGAGCAGAGCUAUAUGUGUGCUUUGGCAUCUUUUGGGAGUUUUCAUAUUGCUGCCCAGCCUCUUUCUGUACACCCUCGCAAGGUAUCCUAAUUUUUUUUUAAAGCUGCAUCAGUAGCCAUCUUGUUAAAUGGUACCCCUGUUUUUUUAACUGCCUUUUUUAUUUAUUUCUAGCUACUGUAGUGGACUUCUAAUGCAGAUAUCAAAUACAUUC